GGUAUGUAAUGUCAGUUUACUGUUGCCAUCAUACUGUCAACAUCAUCAGCUGAUUUAAAUUCUACAUAAAAAUACCUACAUGUUCAUUAAAAGGAUGACGUAGAAAUUGAAACAAUAAGCGUAUCCACAUUGACGCUGAAAAUGAGUUGGUUUGAUACAGCUGGUUUUGCGAACAUAGCAAAAACCGCUUUGAAGGAGGCCCAAAGGACCAUUGAUAAGGCAUUGGAUAUUAAAGAAGAGAGCAUUGUUCCGCCUGCUAAUACUCCAAUUGACACAAAUUCGGAUGACUUCUUUGGUUCCUGGGGUGUUUCGCCCACGGAUGCUAAAGAGGAGAACACAAGUUUGGUAACUUCAAGCCCUUCAAAGAUAAAGCAACCUUCAAUAUGGGGUUCAUUCACUGGUUCCUUCUUUGAUCCAUACUCUACUAUUAAAGAACCCAGUUAUAAUAUUCAAGCAAGAGAUUCAGUGGACAGUUUGGAUGAUUCUGUUGGUGUGGAACACUUUCGUGAAAGUAAAUUAGUUGUCCAUCCUGCGGAUGAAAGCAUUGAUGGUGAUAGUUACUUGAGUCCAGGUGGUGAAUUGAAAAGAUCCAGUAGUGUUCCAGUUGGUGGCUCAGAUAAUGAACAGAAAAGUCCAGAAAGUAUUGAAGUAAUUACAUCAAGUGCAUUAACAACUCCUGACUCUGAAUUGUUGUCAUCUAACUCAGUAACUCAAAUUACAACUGAAUCUAUUGAAAUACUACAAAACAGUGUAACAAGUCCAAGUUCUAUUGAAGUGCUUUCUUUGAAAGCGCAUCAUCUGCUACACCAAAGGAUGAAAUCAGUAUUAGCAACUCCAGACAGUAUUGAGGUAAUCCCAGAAGAUAUUGAAGAACCCAGUAUAACAGAUGACUCAGUGUCAUUGAAUUCCCCAUCGGAAUGCACCCAGAAUACAGCCUAUGAAAACGUAAAUGCUCCCGUAAAGCAUAAGCUGCUUACUCACACGGAAUCGGCGUUCGGUGAACCAAGUACCAGUUCGGAUGCACCGAUUACAAGAGCUCCUAGUAGAUGUGGCAUGCAUUUGCCGUUGCAACACAUCCAAGUACCCAAUGUUAUUGAUAUUCCGCAGGACUUGCAAAUCACGAGUAUAUCGGAGGCCGAUGAAUCCACCUACUCGGACAGAACGAUGGUCGGAAGCGAUAACGUGAUGGAGAGUAGUAGUGACACGAGCACAACCACAGAUAGCAAUACUAGUUCUUUGUACUUGAAAAAUAUGAUUGCUGACGCGAUGACCGAAAAACGCUCGGACACAGAGCCGCAUUACAUGGAUUUGAAGCAAACAAUGCUGGGAGAGUCCACCGGUCCCAACAUGUUACAGAAUCUAUCUAUAUCCCAGUUGGAUAUGCCUCCGCGAGAGACAUCGCCAAUAAGUUCGGAGAGUAGGUCGGAUUUAGUCAAGGUGGGUUCGGAUCAAACUUCUGGUCAUACGUCUGGCGACGAAAUUGAGACCACUACAUCAUCGGAUAUAGAAAUUAUCUCCAGUCCUAACGGAGAUUCGAGCAGUACACAAAGUAGGCAUAGUCCAGCGAAAAUUACAGGUGGAAAAUCUAAAGGAGAUAGUCACAUUGAAGGUUUCUUGGGUAAGAUUAAUAUGAAGAAAAUAAUGGGUCAUCAUCGCGAAUUAUCAGAGACAUCAAACAUAAGCGAUGAUUCGGAAAAUGAUAGACUUAUAAAACGACUUGCUGAAGUGACUGAGAUUUUGGAGAUACGGGAAAAUAAACUUAUUGAAACAUCGCGGAAACUAUCAGAGGUGCAAGAACUUAAUAGCGAUUUGCAAAAGCAAUUAGAUAUAGCCAUGAAUAAACAAGUGCAAUCGGCGGAUAUAUCGGAAGUGACGGAAAAGUACGCACAAAGAUUAUCUGCCUUGGAAAAGAAGUUUCAGCAGGCGAUUCGGGACAAGGACUUGAUGCGCAAACAACUCGAUCAAUGUCGGGAGGACAAUGCAGUAAGGAUGAGUAAGAGUGAAAUAGAUGGAGUGAUGGAAGAAAAGGAUCAGAUUAUUAAGGAAUUGCGUGAGGAGGGUGGAAAAUUAUCGAAACAACAGUUACAACAUUCUAAUAUCAUUAAAAAACUGCGAGCCAAAGAAAAGGAGAAUGAAAACACCAUAAAAUACUUAAAGGAUUCGGUGGAAGAUUUCUCAUCAGAAACAGAACGACUUAAGCGUUCAUUAAGCGCAAAAGAAGAAGUUGAACGCUCCCAGAUAGAAGCAAUCCAUCAGUUAACAGCAAAAACAAAGAAACUUGAGUAUGAAUAUUCACAGGUACAAGGAAACUACGAUGAUCUAGUCCAAAAGCAUGAUACUGUUAAGAAAUCGUUGGACGCUGCGAAAAAAGAAUUGAUAGAUAAAAAUAAAGCGAGUAGUGAAUUACAACAACGCGAACAGCUUUUGGAGAGUUUAGAAAAUUCUAAAAAGAUGACCGAAUCCCAAAAUCAAGAGAUUAUCAAUCAACUUGAGGAUUUGAGACUAAAAAUGCGUGAAGGUGAUCAGGAGUUGUUAGGAAAAGAACAGAAAUUCCGAUUGGAAAAUGCAGAACUCAUGCGCCGACUUGAAAAUGCUGAGUCUCGGAAUGAAGAGUUGUCACAAUCUCUGCUUGAAGCGAGUAAACCUUUGGUUAGGCAAUUGGAAGCACUACAAGCAAUGCACAACAUGAAAGUUUCUAGUUUUGAGAAAACGGAACAAAGUUUAACUAUGCGUAUAAAUGAGUUGCAAAACAAAUUACACAAUGUUAUGGAAUCAUCUAGGGGUGCAAAGGAAGAAUGUUUGUUGUAUAAAAAUAAACUGUCUUCAUUACAAGUCGAUGUUGAGUCGUUAACACGUGAAAACGACCAAUUGAAAGUACAGAUUGAUCAAGCGAAAACUGAUUUAAUGCUGCGCGAACAGACUUAUAACAAGGAAGUUGAAACUUUAAAAGAGACGGUUACCAAUCAAAAUGAAUCAAUUGCAAAUCUACAGAAACUAGUUGACGGUUUACAGUAUAACAUUGAUGUGGAACGAAACAAUCACGAAAAAGAAAAGCGGAAAAUACAAGAAACAUUCCAACAUGAUCAUCCGAAAGAGAAGUUAGAGAAAACCAGUUCAGUCACCAGAACAUCACCAAUAGAAUAUGCAAACGCAGGUGGCAAUCAAUCACCGACUCCAAGUGUGGGUAGAGUUUCUGUGUGUGAAUCAAUGAGUAGUUCUCUUUGGCCGGAGGAAAAUAUAGAAUUGAGUACGUUAUCAAGGUGCACAAAUAUAUUAGAAAUGCAAUUCCUUACAACUAAUUUGAAACAACGCGAUGGCGAUAUUCAACAAUUGCAAUGGGAGUUAAACCGGCGGGAAAACGAGCGUACUUUGCUGAAUACCGAAAUUUCUCAGUUACUAACGCGUGUUGAGGAUUUAAGCGCAAAAACAAACAAAUUGGAAGAGAUUGAAAAAGAACUGACGGAGUUGCGACAGCAGUACGAAACCCUCUGUCAGUUGUACGGCGAAAAGGUUGAAGAGAACGACGAACUGAAAUUAGAUCUAAUUGAUAUUAAAGAAAUGUAUAAAGCACAGAUUGACGAACUAUUGUUGCAACAAAAACGCGCCACUUAAUUAUUGUUUUAUCCAUGUGUGUUGAAGAUACUGUACAGAAUUCCAAUGUAUUAAAUCGUUUUGUUAUUUUUAAAUAUUAUGAUGUUGCCAGUCAGAUAAUUUUAUUACAAAAAUAAAUUAAUGUUAUACUAAGAACCAGAAA